UGCACUCCGGCACGCAUGCGCAGGAGUAAAAGCGGCACAAACAGGCAGUCGAACGAGAGAAAAUGAAAAAACAAUGAGCGUCCACCACCAGCGCUCAGGGUCUGAAGUCUGAACGCGGAGAGCGCCACAUGGAGGCGGUGCUGAAAAACUUGGCGAGCACGGUGGAGCUGCUGGCUGUGGCGGCGCACAGCAGUGUGGUGGAGCAGUGGGAUAAACAAACUCUAUCCAGAGCUUUUCACUGGACCCAGUACUGCGAACACCUCUUCACCAGGUUCCACAAUAACCCCUCGAUAAGGAGGAUCAUGGAGAAGCAGCUGCAGGUCUCAAGUGAAAGUUUGCGAGCUGCCUUCCCUGGAUACACACAGGUUUCCUUCUCGGACCUCUCCCGGUGUCAGCACCUGUUGCUUGUUGGGCUGCUAAAAAAUCCUGAGCUGCCCAUCUCCAUCAUGAAGCAACUCUUUGACACGACAAGUCCUGUAAACAACCAGCAGAGUGAGUAUCAGGAUGUCACUGGCCAUUGCAGCCACAUCAUUCAGUGUAAAUCUGCCUGUAAAGUCCUGAGUCCUCUCACUGACCUGUCAGCUGUUGGUGCUGAUGCUGAGGUGCAGGGGGCGAUGCUGAUGGAGAGGCUGGGUGCUGGCAGUGAAGCCUGCUGGACAGAGCAUAUUUUAGACUCCGUCCUCCAGGGAUGUGGAGGAGCGACACAACAUUUCUGUCAGGUCAUCGCAGCAGCUCUGCUGACAAGAAAAAACUCCACUGCACAAACUGCUUCACAGGAUUUUCUGUUGGACUGGCUGCAGAAAGAACACAGCGUGCUGCAGCACAUGUGCUCUGCACUGCCUACUACACUUAUUAUAGACCUGGCCACACAGCACCUGAAAUUUAGAGAUGCAUAUUGUGAUGUGCUGAAAAAGUUGGCCUCUGAUAUGGAGUACAGCAUAAGUGAGGGUGAAUGGGUUCAAAGUGGCACAAAGCAAACAGUGUCCUUCCAGAGACUGACGGAGCACUUUCUGGCCUUGUUUGAGGCCUGUCCCUCUCUGAGGGAGGAUGUAGAGAAAGAGCUAAAUGCUUUGAAAAUUUCUGAUGGGGACUUUGAUGUCAGAGGUCUGAGUGUGUGGGGAGACCUCCUGUCAGCAUUUAACAAGUGACUGCAAGCCUUGCGGAUUCUUAAGAGCUGGAAGAAAUGUCAAAUGUAUAUUUCUGUCUUUGUCUUUAUGCAAUGUUUGACUGUGGCUGGGUAUUAAACCUCAGUACCGCACAUAAUGUGUUCAUAACACAGAUUUUUGGAAGUUGCCAAUAACUAAAAGCUGGUAUCAAAUUCUCGCUCAGAUUCAUAUUCCCCCUUAGUUCUGAUCAGACUGUUUUAAUCAUAACUUUGUUGAUUUUGUUCAUAUUUUAAGAGUUCUUAUAUGGCUGCUUGGGUUAUGACAACAUUCAAAAACUUUGGUUUCCUCUUAAAUGAAAAAUCUGAUUUUGUAGAUAAAUAUGUCCAUAACUGGGGAAGAUGUCAAAAAGUACCAUAUUGGUGUCUGUAUCAAUCUCAGAUAUCAAAACACAGUCUUCUAGUUAAAAAAAAUACACAUAAUGAAUGUUGACCAGUCGUUUACAGAGGUUUCUUUUCCAUUUCUGUCACAGAAUCAGAAACACAACUGGAUAAAUGAAUAGGAUAAAAAACAAACAAUUAAAACACAAUUGAUGACAACAUUUUAGAACUGCUCAUUUUAGUGGAUUUGGGAGCCUGAAAAUUUGUUGCAGUAGCCCUUUUCUUUCACAGCAUAAACAUUUUUGUUGAAGCUUAUCCAUGCAGCUUGUAAUAAUGGAAUUAAUGAAUUAAUUUAUUUUUUUCAUCUCAGUGCAACCGGAUGUUAAAAAUACCCAGCUUACAAGGUUUGGACAGAUGGUACCCUCACAUGCUGCCUUGUAAUAAGUAGCAGCAGCACGUGAUUUGACUGAAUUAAAUUGACAGUAAUUGUCAGGCAGUGAAUAGUUUACACUUUAUAAAUUGGUCUCCGGAGAUUCAAGGCUUCAUUAAGCAUCAUAAAUCCCACCUUACUCCCAAAUUACAUUUUAAAAAAUAAUUCUGUAGCUGCUGAUUUAUGAGGUCCUGACAAAUUAGUUUUAAAGGACAAGGGGCCAUAAAGACACUGCAGACAUCAAAGAAAGCAAAUCAUUUGCAAUCCAAUUUUCCCUUUUCUAACUGUACACACCUAAAAAUCAUUUUCUCACACACCAUCUGUCAAUAUCGCCUCUUCGCCACAAAGCUGCGCUCGUCUGAAUCUAAAAAUUCUGAUUGGCUUAAUGCCAGUCAUGUGACUUGACUGCCAAUUCACACAUCUCAGACCUCGCCCAUGUGUCAGAGCACCUCUGCGGCGAGGGAUCAGUUAGUCAGAUCAGGCGUCUUCAAUCAAACGCUCCACAAUAGCUGGUGUGUGACAUAACUCUGGCAGACAGCGGAUUAGAGAGCCGGCUGCCGUGCAGAGGGAAACACCAACACGACCACGGCUCGUUUAACACGCCGUGAAAGCAAUUCACGUUGAGACAGACAAGGGUCACUGAGUAAGGGGCUGCAUGUACACAACCAAUUUAUUUCCAUCCAAUGAAGAACAUAUGCAUCUGACUGGAGGGAAACCAACAAUGAUUGAAGGGAUCUCACCUGCUCCAAGGUUACAAAUAUAUGCACAUUCAUUUCAUUUACAUUUUCAUCAUGUCAGAUCAGAUUGUAGGUUGGAUUUAGAAAUGAUUUAAGGACAAAUUUCUGGAGUUAAUUCAGCAAAUGGAUGAGAAUCUUCCUCCUCUACAUGUUACCAAGCAGCAUGUUAGCAUUCAGCCUCUGGGAUUGAACACUGACAGAUUUUUUUUUUUUUUUUUUUAGAUUUUGUGUUUCUCACUCUUCUUCACAGCCUUACACAUAAGUGGCAGAGUGAGUUAGCAGCCAUGGUGAUGAUUCAGAUGUGUUAGUCUGACUCCGAAUGAGAAGCCUACAAUUUAGUCCUCUGGCUGUGUCUAUCUACACUAAAUGAAAACAUGUUUUACCCAUUAUUUAUGUAGGAUAAAUACCCACAUGUCUGAGAACUAAUAAAAAAA